ACUACCCUUCACUGAUCUCCAGCUUUAUAAAUCGCGAGCGGACCGACCCGCGGCAGGAUGUCCCGCCGCUCCUACACCAUGUCCUACUACCGCAAGCACUACGGCGACGAGCGCGCGCGCGUCUUCUCCCCCGCGCUGCGCUCGCGCACCUCCUCCGCGCCGGUCCUGCACUCGGUGACCAGCUAUAGAGCGCGCGCGACCGCCGUGCCCCUGUCAGCGUGCGCCCCCGCCCCGGACUUCUCCCUCACCGACGCCGCGAACGCCGAGUUUCGCGUGACCCGCACGAACGAGCGCGCGCAGCUGCAGUCUCUGAACGAGCGCUUCGCGAGCUACAUCGAGAAGGUGCGCACGGCCGAGCAGCGGAACCGCGCGCUCACCGCCGAGCUCGAGCAGCUGCGCCGCGGACACGGCGCCUCGCGCGCCUCCGAGAUCUUCGAGGAGGAGCUGCGCGCGCUGCGCAGGCAGGUGGACGAGCUGACAGGUGAGAAGGCGCGCGCCGAGGUGACCAGAGACAACCUGAUCCAGGACAUCGAUAAACUGCGCGAGAGACUGCAGGAGGAGAUUCUCCAAAGAGAAGAGGCUGAGGGCAUCAUGCGGAGCUUCAGACAGGACGUGGAUAAUGCUGCUCUUGCCCGGGUGGAUCUGGAGAGGAAAGUGGACUCUCUGCUGGAGGAGAUUGCCUUCCUGAAGAAGCUUCAUGAGGAGGAGAUGGCAGAGCUGCAGGCUCAGGUCCAGCAGCAGCAGACUCACGUGGAUCUGGAAAUGGCUAAGCCUGACCUGACCGCCGCCCUCAGAGACGUCCGGCUGCAGUACGAGAGCCUGGCCACCAAGAACAUCCAGGAGUCUGAGGAGUGGUACAAGUCGAAGUUUGCAGAUCUGACUGAAGCCGCCAACAGGAAUAAUGAAGCUCUUCGAUUGGCCAAGCAGGAGGCCAAUGAGUACCGCCGGCAGGUUCAGGCUCUGACCUGUGACGUGGACUCCCUCAAGGGGACAAACGAGUCUCUGGAGCGACAGAUGAGGGAGAUGGAGGAUAGCUUUGCUGUCGAGUCCUCGGGGUACCAGAACACCAUCACCCGUCUGGAGGAGGACAUCCGCAACAUGAAGGACGAGAUGGCCCAUCACCUGCGGGACUACCAGGACCUGCUCAAUGUAAAGAUGGCCCUGGACAUCGAGAUCGCCACCUACAGGAAGCUGCUGGAAGGGGAGGAGAGCAGAAUCUCAAUGCCUUUGCCAAACAUCUCAACCCUUAAUUUACGAGAUGCCAUGCUGGAGACCAGACCCACUGUAGAAACUACAACAACCAAGAGGGUCCUCAUCAAGACCAUAGAGACCAAAGAUGGCCAGGUAAUUAAUGAGUCUACCCAGAACCACGAAGACCUGGAGUGACCAGAAACUGGCCCCACUGGACAUUGCACCUCGGUCAAACUCGCCCAGCAACAAACACACAACACCAGCCGCGUCACGCUCCCUAUAGACCUGCAGGAACAGCUGCUACCCCUCGCUGAACAUACACCACUGCUUUACAGUGCCUUUACUGCAUCACAGAGAACACCCAGAUCCACUGCACUGGACAGCAAUAGCAAUAUAUACAAGUAC